AUGAUGGCCGCCGAUGCCACAUCGACAACUGAGGUGGAAGACCUCCUGGGAAAAGCGUCUGACACAAUUGGAAGUUUGUUGAAGCUGGUUUCCUUAAUACGCCAGAUAACAACACAAGACCGAUUCGCCCACGCUCCUGAACAUGAGUUUGAGCAUUUGCUGGACUCUUCUGAUAUCAACCAUGUCAAAGAGCGUUUUCCCAAGCUUGAUAAACCAGAAAGUCAAUGGCUGCUUCGAAAACUUGGUCGAGCUAUUGCAGCUCGCCGCCAGAUACUGCAACACUAUCAGGAGCACAAGCAACAGACAGGAGUUGUGCAUCCCAAGACAACGCAUGGACCAUCAGAGAUGGUCGCGCCAGAGGUCGCAAUCGAGGAUGUUGUGGCUGCUUCAGGAAAAUUGCUCUACACCCCGAUAAUGACCUCAUCUUUGAAUGAUGCGUUUUCUCUUCCUCUUUUGAAGGAUAUCAAGCAAAUACAUCAAGAUGAGGACGCUUUGAGUGCCCCCUUUGUGCUACUAUCGUCUCGAUCAAGUCCGAAUGGGCCUGGAACCGCCAUGCCUACGAUGAUCUAA